AUGGACUAUCGGGCUCCCGCGGACCUAAAAAUCCCGGAACAUGCUACUUUCGAUGGGACGGGGGAUCCCCGAGAACAUUUGGUCAGUUAUCAGGCCAAAAUGCAAGUUUUAGGGGUGGAAGAGCCACUUAUGUGCAAGGCUUUUCUCCCUACUCGGGUGGAAGAGCCACUUAUGUGCAAGGCUUUUCUCCCUACUCUCAAGGGGCUCGCUCUUAUGUGCAAGGCUUUUCUCCCUACUCUCAAGGGGCUCGCUCAAAAAUGGUUUUUGGCACUGCCAAGCCGUUCUAUUCGGUGCUUCAAUGAUUUAGCCGACCGAUUCCUUACUCAUUACACCGUAAACAUCAAGCCGCAGCGCAAUCUUACCCACUUGAGCGGAAUCAGUCAAGAUGAGGGAGAAGCUUUGAAGACGUAUCUGGCUCGCUGGCAAAAAGAGGUACAAACUAUCGAGGGGUUAGACGAGCAAGUGGCUAUCACCUUUUUUAUGGAGUCGCUCCGAGCGAGCAAAUUGUUUAUUGAUCUCCACAAUGAUCGUCCUAAGACAUAUGCGGAGGCUAUCCAGAGAGCCAGUCGUCAGGCAGACACGGAAGAAGCUGUGAGACAAAAACGGCAACGAGAAGCUGCCGGAUCCAGCGCUAAGCGAUCACGACCUGACUCCAGGAGUCGAGCGGAGCCUGAGCGCUCUAGUCGCACUGAGGUUCAACGAGGAGCUGAGAGGGUGGGGGCUCCGCCCCCUCGCCUUACCGUGGCCCAACCUGUGCAUGAGGUAAAAGAUACCUUGCCUCUCCCUCCGCCUCUGAAACCUGGAGAUCAGCCCGAGAUCCUACCUCCGGGAGGGGUCCAGGCGAAAUACUGUCGAUAUCACCGAUCGACUACACAUACCACGGAGGAAUGUUUUUACCUGCGCAAAGAAAUAGAGGCCAUGAUACAGAAGGGUGCCCCACCCCCACCUAAUCAGUGGAGGCGACAUCCGCGCUCCGACAAAACAGAUUCACGCUCCGAUCGAGGAAAAAAACUCGCCUCUGAGGAAGAGGAGACUAAUUGGAAGCACAAACCUGUUAUCAACAUGAUAGUAGGAGGACCGGAAGGAGGGGACUCAUCCGGUUCUCGGAAAGCUUGGGCUCGGCAACUAUACGUGGGGACCAUCUAUGGUCGGGAUGAUAGUCUAAAAAAGGUAUGUCGAGAACCCAUUUUGUUUACCGAUGAGGACCUACCCCGAAGCCAACACCCCCAUCGGGAUGCUUUGGUUAUUGCCAUGGACGUCCAUGGCACGGUAGUCCGAAGAGUCCUAGUGGACACAGGGAGUAGCGUGAACAUCUUGUAUCUGGAGGUGUUUGAGAGAUUGGGGUUACAACGUAACAAGCUAAAACAUGUGAAAACACCUUUGGCCGGUUUUACCGGGGACUCGAUUGAGUCAGAAGGAUCCACACGUUUGCCGAUCGAAAUCGGGACCUUUCCCAACCUUCGAAGCAUAGACAUGGAAUUUGUGGUAGUCAACCUAUCCUACUCCCAUAAUAUGAUUCUGGGGCGACCUGGAUUAGAAGAUCUGGGUGCUCUCAUCUCCCUAGAGCAUCUUUGUUUGAAAUUCCGGACUCCCAAUGGGAUCGGAGUCGCUCGGUGCAACCAGAAGGCAGCUCGGGAUUGUUAUUUACAAUCCUGUCGAAAGAUUGGGAAAAUGGACUUGAGGAUUCAUGCUAUCACUAGUCGGGAGGAACAGUUAAAGAGUCUUGACCGACCCGAGCCGGCGGUAGAACUAGAGGAAGUUGAGAUUGACCCCUUGCGCCCCGAGAGACGAGUAAGGAUCGGAGUGGGUUUGGCUGAGAAAGUCAAACAAGAAAUUAUCCAGGAGUUGCAAAAAUAUCAAAAGGUAUUUGCUUGGGGCCCUGAAGAUAUGCCGGGAGUUUAUCGAUCGGUCAUUUGCCACCGACUGGCCGUCAACCCUAACCACAAACCCGUAAUUCAGAAGAAAACAUACUUCUCGGCGGAUCGACGAGAAUUCGUUAAGAAGGAGGUGGAAACCUUGAUGGCUGCGCAGCAUAUCCGUGAGGUAAAAUAUCCAGACUGGCUCGCCAAUGUAGUGCUUGUGCCAAAGCCUCCCGCUUGGCGAAUGUGCGUGGAUUACACAGAUCUUAAUCAAGCUUGCCCGAAAGAUCCUUUCCCUUUACCAAGGAUCGAUCAGUUGGUGGACGAGACGGCUGGCUGUGAUUUAUUGAGCUUCAUGGACGCCUUCCGGGGCUAUCAUCAAAUCUUUAUGCACCCCGCUGACGAAGAGAAGACUGCCUUUAUCACCCCAGAUGGGGUAUACUGCUAUCGGGUAAUGCCUUUUGGACUAAAGAAUGCUGGGGCCACCUAUACCCGAAUGGUAGGACGAUUGUUCAGAGACCUGCUAGGAAAAUCCAUGGCAGCCUAUGUGGAUGACAUGCUUGUGAAAAGCAAAGAUGAAGGAACUCAUGCGAGAGAUUUGGCGGCUACCUUUGCCAUAAUGGAAAAAUACAAUCUGCGAUUGAACCCAAAAAAGUGCGCCUUUGCGGUACGAGGAGGAAAAUUCCUUGGUUAUAUGGUCACUCGGAAAGGAAUCGAGCCUAACCCUAAAAAGGUGAAGGCUAUACUUGAUAUGCAGCCUCCCGGGACCUUGAAGGAACUACAAAGGUUAACGGGGCGACUCGCAGCCUUAAACAGGUUCCUGUCUAAAUCAGCAGACCGGGCCUUACCUUUUUUCGAAGCUAUGAAGAAGAGGGAAGGGUUUCGCUGGACAGAAGAAUGUCAGAAGUCGUUUGAUGAGUUAAAAGAUUAUUUACAGACUCCGCCACUACUAUCUACUCCGAAGGAAGGGGAAGUGCUAUUCCUCUAUCUAGCCGCCUCUCAAAAGGCUGUUAGUUCUGUGUUAAUCCGAGAGGAAGAGCGAGUACAGCAUCCCGUCUACUAUGUCAGUCGAGCCUUAAAGGCUUCAGAGAUUCGGUAUACCCCCUUAACCGAUCAGCCUUUGGCAGGUGUUCUGCGAAACCCCAACUCUUCGGGGCGUUUGGUAAAGUGGGCCGUAGAGCUCACCCAGUAUGGGAUUGAGUAUCACCCUCGCCCCUCGGUGAAAGGUCAAGCCUUAGCCGAUUUCAUAGUAGAAUGCACCGCUCAGAGCCCGGAACCCAAUGCCAAGGCCCCUGAGGAAGGGGAUUGGUGGGAAAUGCAUGCCGAUGGAGCCGCCAGUCAACAUCAUUGUGGGGGUGGAAUCAUGUUGACGACUCCCGAAGGUUUCCGUUUAUACUAUUCAUUGACGCACGAGUUCAAAGCCUCGAAUAAUGAGGCUGAGUAUGAGGCCGUGAUCGGAGGAUUGCGGAUGGCUAAUGCCCUUAAAGUUCAAAAGAUCCGGAUAAAGACCAACUCCCGCCUAGUGGUCGGACAAGUAACUAGAACAUGUGAGGCGAAGAAUGAAAGACUUGGACGAUAUAAAGAGGUCACUGAGGGACUUCUGGGUGAAUUCGAAGCCUAUGAGUUAGAGCACGUGCCCCGCGCCGAGAAUACAGAGGUCGAUAUUCUGUCCAAAAUGGCCUUAGGAGGAAUACCGGAUCAUCUCCUCAGAAUCUGUCAGAACGAACGAGUCUCGCUACCCAGCAUAGAACCAAAAGUUGUUCCAAAAGACGUGUGUAUCACUGAGGAAGUGGACCCUGAGGAACAUCCAGAAGUAUUCUGGAUGGAGGAAAUUCGUAGGUAUAAGGAAAAGGGGGACCUCCCUGACGAUCCGGCCGAAGCAGCGAAAAUUCAGAGACGAUCCCCCGCGUAUGUGUUGAUAGACGGUCACAUGUACAAGAAGUCCUUCGGGGGACCGUUGCUAAGGUGUUUGUACCCUUCUGAGGCAAACCAAGUUAUGGAGGUGACGCAUAGAGGAAUUUGUUCAGCUCAUCAAGGGGCCCAUAUGCUAGCUUGCAAAAUAGUGUUACAAGGAUAUUAUUGGCCCACUAUGGUCAAGGACUGUAUCAACCGAGUCGCUAGAUGUACGAUAUGUCAGUCCUUCGCUAAGAAGGACACUCGGCCAACCUCAUUUUAUACUCCGAUCACGAUAGCAAUUCCCUUUGCCAAAUGGGGGAUUGAUAUCGUUGGGCCGUUGCCCCAGGCACCUGGACGGCUGCGAUUCUGUAUGGUGGCGGUGGAUUAUUUUACCAAAUGGGUAGAAGCCGAGCCCUUGGCAACUAUCACUGAAUUUCAAUGUCGCAAGUUCCUUUGGAGGAAGGUCAUUUGUCGAUUCGGGCUCCCAGAGCACCUAGUUAGUGACAAUGGAAGAUAG